AUGAUCCAGAGUACUUUGAAAAAUUGUCAAAAAACUAACCAUACAUUUGACCUAAUGCAAUAUAUAAACAAAACGUCACUAAAUUCCAGUGUUAUUCCAGAUUCCCUAAUGAAUUCAUGGAUCCUUUCGAACCCCAUAAUAAAAUGGGCCAUAUCAUUAUUUUUAAUUAUAGCCACUGGAACUAUAUUCCUCGGAAAUUUGUUAAUAAUUAUUGCUUUUAUAACAAAUAGUCGCUUACGGCGUAUAACGGAUCAAUACAUUGUUUCCCUUGCUGUGGCUGAUCUACUUGUAUCGGUCUUAGUGCUGCCUCUGGCUAUCGUUCGUCAGAAUUUAGGUUAUUGGCCAUUCGAAUCUGAUCGAUUAUGUCAGUUUUGGUUGUCCGCUAAUAUUGUAUUAUGUAUGGCAUCUAUACUAAAUUUAUGUUGUAUAUCUCUGGAUAGAUAUAUUGCAAUCAGCCGUCCAAUGAAAUAUUUCACAAAGCGUACUCGUUUUACAGCCUCUACAAUGAUAGCUGUUGCUUGGAUAUUGCCACUUAUAACUAUGCUUCUCCCCUUUGUUGGUGGGAAUCAGCAUACUUUGGGACUGGGAUCAUGUCAUAUCACAUAUAAUAAAGCAUAUAGAAUUUAUUCUUCAAUUGUUGGAUUUUUCGGACCAUUUCUGCUAAUUGCUUAUAUAUAUUUACGAGUGUUUUGGAUAAUAAAGCAUCGUUUAAAGGUCUUACAAAUUACAAACAUUAAACAGUCCUCACCGAAAGAACCUAAACCACAUAUUAAAACGAUACGUAAGCCAGCUCCGAUAAUAAUAAAUUUGAAACAAGUUUGGGAAAAUAUUAAAGGAAAGACUAGCAAAGUAAAUAUUUUACGAUAUCAGUCAUCUAAAUCAAAGAAUACUUGCCCAUAUAGUGGCCAUUUUUUCCAUUCUGAUGAAAACGGAUGUAAUCAAAUUUAUGCGAGUUGUUUACUCAACCACAAACAUCCCGUUGAUUCCUUUAAAAGUGAUGACAUUCUUAAUGAAGAAAUUGAUAGGAAUUAUAGACAAAAAAUAUUAGAUAUUAAGACAAACAAAACAGGUAGAGAAUUUUCUUUGACAACUCAAGAUCAUGUUGAAUUAGAUUUCCCUGAACCAACAGAUCAAACGCUAAAAGUAAUACAAAUAUUUCAUAUUUCAACAUCAGAGAAAGAAUUACAAAAGGUGAAUUUGAAGCCAACACCAAAUGUAACAUUGAAAAGUGAAACAAAACAACAUCAACAUGAUUACUUGCAUAGUAGCAAUGAAGAACAAAAGAAUAAACUAGAAGAUAAACAAUUAAUUAAUUCUUCAAAAUUACUCUCAUUAACAUCAUUUAGAAUAGAUCAUAUAAAGAAGAUUCGACAACUGAAAUCUUUACCAAAUUUUAAAACAGAAUACAAUAAAACAGAACAAUCACAAAAGAAUCUAAUUUAUUGUCGACAUGAUCAUUUAAUAUUUCAUAGGGAACAAAAAACUGCACUAAUUUUAGCUGCAGUUGUUGGAUGUUUUACAAUAUGUUGGUUUCCAUUUUUUAUAUGUAUUAUUGGUGAAGCUAUAUGUGAUUGUCAAUAUUCAAAUACUAUAAUUGCAUUUGUUUCAUGGUUAGGUUAUUUUAAUAGUAUUUGUAAUCCAUUUAUAUAUGCAUAUUUUAAAAAAGAAUAUGCCAAAGCAUUUAAAUGUAUUGUUCAAGUCAAAUUCAAAUGGAAUAUUAAAAGAAAUAACCAUAAAUAA